UUUAGAACACAAUUUAGUGACAAUUUCACUAUGAAAUUGUUGGUGUGCUCGACAUUUAGAGGUGUUAGUGCUUAUGAAGGACCAGAACCCUGUUGUCCUUCAUUUAAGCGAGAUUUUGUGUCUCACUCACAGUUUGAUGGCUGCUCAGCUGGAUGAGAAGUGUUAUCAUUUGGCAAAUAGGUGAAAUCAAGUAGUUUAAGUGGCGUGUUUUUGGCAUUUAACGAGUCGACCACGAUGGCUUGUGGUUGUGCUGAGCAAACAUGGAUUCGGAGGACAUGGAGGUGGAGAGCAGCAGUGACGUGGGGCAUUCUGGGAUGGAAGAGCCGUCUGAAAGUGGUAUGGGAAUGGAGUCUUCAGAAGCCAUGUCUGCUGAUAGCAGUGAUGCAGCGGCUCCUCCUGCACCGGCCCCAGAAUCAGACUGUCAUGUAGGACAGAGCUCUGAGGGACUUGUGGUUUUCAUCCCAGAGACGAGCUCCAGUACCGAUGUGCGAAGAGUUCAUCUUCCAGACUCGUCUUCUGUGGCACAGUCCACCAGUGUGUCCAGCGUGUCCACAGUGACACAGUCAGUCCUGGUGUCAGAGUCUGUCCAGGUGCUGGUUCACUCCAGUGCGGUUUCUGAAGGAGGAAUGAUGGUUUCUGACUCCACUGCUUCCACGUCCUCAGAUCUCGGCUCAGCCAUUGACAAGAUCAUCGAGUCCACCAUUGGACCUGACAUUAUGAAUGGAUGUAUUGCAGUUACAAGUGCAGAGGAUGGCAGUGCAGAAACCACACAGUAUCUGAUACUCCAAGGUCCUGAUGAUGGAGCUCCUAUGGUGGCUCAGAUGUCUUCCUCUGCGCUGUCCAGCCGCAUUGCUAUCGAAGCCCUUGCUGAUGGACCCACCUCCACUUGCCUGGACCAGCCAGACCUGUCAGAAAACCCUCAGGGCAGCAUGGAGCCCGAUCAGCCUGGACACUCAGGGUACCGUGAGCACGAUGACGGCAGUAGCAGCAGCAGUCGCCCAGACCAACCCCAGCACUCCCAGUACAUAGACCCAGACCAGACCAGAGAGGCUCGCUACAUCCAGUGCUCCGCAGAUGAACCAGACCAAACCCCUCGCCAUUCAGGGGUCACCGACUACAACCUGGCAGACUCAGAAGAGCCUUUACAGCGCUAUGCAGCUGAAUGCAGUGGUACGAAUGACAUCCCUCAGAGAAGCUCGUAUCGCUCGUCCCGAUACGUUGUGGAGUGCAGCGAUGGGUACUUGGAGUACGGAGCGGACGGAGAGGAUCAGCCUCAGCAUUCACGUUACAUCGACAGCAGCAUGGAUGACAGGGAGCACGUCUCAGCUUCAGAACAGGAAGGAGGAGCGCUAGAAGAGCCCCAGCACUCCUACAUGCCGCAGGAAUCACUAUAUGCGGAUGAAGGAGCCGUUCAGCACUCCCUGGCGGACACUGUGGGGUCGCAGCUCACUGAUCAGAUGGACUGCAACGAUACUUUGCCUGGUUCCUACAUAAGUAGCAGUGGGACCUACUCUACCAACACAGAGCCUGAGGUGGUGGAGUCUGGGGUGGUGGACGAGCCUGGGCAAAGAACUCCAAACAUGGCUGAACUGGAGGAAAUGAUGGAGGUGGUGAUCGUACAGCAGUUUAAGUGCAAAAUGUGCCCCUAUAAAAGCGUGUCCAAGGAUACACUCAUCAACCACAUGAGAGAUAAACACUUUAAACCAGCAGGUUCUCGUUCUGGAGGUGCUGUCUCGCAUGCUAAUGGACCAGGCCAAAGGAAACGGGGACGGGGACGUCCUCGAAAAUCUGAAAGCAAGGCUGGAGCAGUGGUUGAGGUCAAGAAGGAGGAGCAGCCUGAAGAGGAAGAAGAUGACAUCGUUGAUGCAGGCGCUCUUGAUGAUCAAGGUGACAGUGAUUAUAAACCAGCUGAUGAGGAAGCCAGGUCCAGAUUGGCUGUCAGUCACUUCACUCCUCCUCCUUCCUGCUCUUCAUCAUCUCCAGCAUCUACCUCACGGAAACGUCCUCGCAGGAUGGUGGGACCUCCUCGCAAAUUUCUUCCAGAUUCAGAGUCACCAGCAGCACCAUCUGAAACCAACAAUGCAGAGGAUCCUCAAGCUCCUGAAGAAGCAAGUUCCUCCGGAUUGGAGAAUGGAUCUUCUUCGUUUUCCAAUGGGACAGAAGUGGAACCAGGUGUCAGCCAGUCAGAUUCUGAGAACAGAGAUCCUUCAUCAAACACCAGCCCAGAUGAUCUGGAGUUCCUGCCCAAAAAACGAGGACGACCUUCCAAACGCUUCCUUCAAAAGAAGUACAAAAAAUACAUGAAUCGCAAUAAGUACUACAGAUCCCUUAAGCCUCUGCUCAGACCUCAUAACUGCUGGAUCUGUGGCUCUCGCUUUCUGUCACAAGAGGAUCUCAAGUUCCAUGUGGAUUCUCAUGAGGGAAAUGACCCUGAGCGCUACAAAUGCCUGCAGUGCAGUUACCGCUGCAAACGGUGGUCUUCACUGAAGGAGCACAUGUUCAACCAUGAAGGUACAAAACCUUAUAAAUGCGAAAUGUGUGAUUACACCAGUGUUUAUAAGAAAGACGUGACCCGUCACUCAGCCGUCCACAACAAAAGCAAGAGUCGAAAGAUAGAUGUGUCUUGUGCCAACCCUUCACAGGUUUCUAAAGUGUCCGAGUUUCCAUGUCCCAUCUGCAGUCGAGUAUACCCUAUGCAGAAACGCCUGACACAACACAUGAAGACACACAGCACAGAGAAACCACACAUGUGUGACAAGUGUGGGAAAUCCUUUAAGAAGCGGUACACCUUCAAAAUGCAUCUUCUCACACACAUACAAAACUGUGGCAACAGCCUGUUUAAGUGUGAGUUCUGCGAUUACACCUGUAAUGACAAAAAGCACCUGCUCAAUCAUCAGCUGUCCCACACCAAUGACAAACCUUUCAAAUGUGAAGAGUGCAAGUAUUCAACGAGCAAAGAGGAUUUCCUGGUGUCCCACAUCGCCAUUAAACACACUGGUGAAAAGCCCUUCUCCUGUGAAAUGUGCCACUUCACGACGCGACACAGGAAGAACCUGCGGCUCCAUGUGCAGUGUCGCCACCCCGAGACUUUCGAAGAGUGGAGUCGAACACAUCCAGAUGAGCCGAUCCGGCGACGGCAGACGCCUGUUUUCACCGUGGAGCAGAUUGAGGAGCUGAGGUUACAGCAUGAAACCCAGGAAUUUCAAGGGACCAUUGUAACAGUGGACCCUCUUACUCUCCAAACCAUGGAGUCCAUAGGGAACACAUCUGUAUCCCAAGAUGCAUUGGGCAACACUACCAUCAUUUACGAGCAAGCCCAGAACUCAGACCUCUCAGCACAGAAUGCUCUAGAUCUGCUGCUGAACAUGAGUAACGCCAGAGAACUGCAGGUGGCAGUGCUGAAAACAGAUGGUAAGGCUCUGGAGACGGGGUCGUGGUCCGGACCUGGCUCUGGAAGUGAAGGCUCAUCCUUACAACCUCAAAAGAUUGUAACUUUCCAUGUGUCAGAGAAUGGAGACACUCUGGUGCAAGAGGCAUUUGAGACGGCAACAGGGGCUGUGGAGCAAGAGGAGACUAUUCCUGUGGCACAGGAAGUGGAACAGGAAGUGGCACAGAUUGGCAUUGGUUCAUAUGAAGGUGCUGAUUUCAGUGUGGUGGAGCAGACCUCUGAGGAGACAACACAAAGCAGUUUAGAGGAGCCCUCAGCAGAGCCUCAGGUGAUGGAAGUGAGUACUGAGCCCUUGUCCAUCUCUACACCUCUCAAAGAAAAUAAAGAGAAGUUUUACGUGAGCUCAGGCUUGACAGACGGAGUCCUGCAGCAGGUAGAGCUGAGCAGUGAAGCUCCAGCUUCUCCUCCACUGUCUCCAUCGCCCCAUUCUCAACAGCUGAACACCAAACGCUUCUCAUGUCGCAUCUGCAUGGAGGCUUUCCAUGGUCGAUCGGAUAUGGAGAACCACAAGAGGGCGCACAUAGACCCCAAAACAUUCAAAUGCCCUGACUGUGACUUCACAGCACCUUCUUGGCCAGAAGUCAAGACACACAUGGCCUUGCAUGCAUAUUUGAGGCCUCAUAAAUGCACCAGCUGCAGUUUUGCCUCGAAAAACAAGAAAGACCUGCGACGCCACAUGAUGACGCACACCAACGAGAAGCCUUACUCCUGCCAGGUGUGCGGACAAAGGUUUAACCGUAACGGCCAUUUGAAGUUCCACAUGGAGAGGCUUCACACUCAGGAGCCGUCUCCCCGUAAAGCUCGCUCCGUUCCCUCACAGCAGACCAUCAUCAUCAACAGCGAUGAAGAAGCUUUAGCCACACUGCAGAAUUUGCAAGCAGGUCAAACGGUCAUCAGCCCAGAGAGGUUGCAGCAAGCGUUGGGUCAGGAGCACAUCAUUGUGGCUCAGGAUCAAAGUCUUUCUGACCAGGAGGAAGCGACAUAUAUUCAGCAGAUCACCACAGUAGAUGGACAGACCGUACAGCACUUAAUGACCGGAGACAACCAGGUCACUGAGGUUCAGUAUAUCAUCUCUCAGGAUGGAGUUCAGCAUUUGCUCCCAAGAGAGUAUGUGGUGGUAUCUGAUGGGAACCACAUUCAGAUGGAGGACGGGCAAAUUGCUCACAUUCAAUAUGAACAUGAUGGGACGUUUCUGCAGGAACAACAGAUUGCUCUGUCUCAGGAUGGACAGAUCCAGUACGUUCCCAUCACUACUGAACAGCAGGUUGUGGCUCCUGAAGACCUGGAAGCAGUUGCGCAUUCAGCGGUCACUGCUGUUGCAGAUGCAGCGAUGACUCAGACGGUUUACACUGAAGCCACACCUGAACAACUGGAACAACUGCAACAGCAGGGCAUCCAGUAUGAUGUCAUCACUUUUACUGAGGAGUAGAUACACGACACACACAUUAUUUAUUAACGACAUCAACACACACACAGACAGACAGAAUAUCUGAAGCUCAUCCCAGCUCCAAAUGAGCAUCACGAACUGCGCUGAUCAUAAGUAAUACAAACUUCUUCCAGAAUCAUCAGUCAUUUAUAAGGUGAAUGUACAGUUAGAUCCUCUCAAAAUAUGACUUAUGCCUUUGUAAAUAUUUAAAGAAAUUUAUCUUUGUGUGCCUACAAUGUUUUGCCUUGUAAAGGAAAAAGAAAUAUGUAUAGAGAAUCCUGUAUUUAAGAAAAAUAAUGGACAUGUCGCUGUGGGUGCUGCUUUAAUGACAGUCUGUAUAUAAUGGUAGGCUGGAGGAUUGACGUCAUAUUGCUAUGAAACAGUUCCUAGCUGUAGCUAAAAUGCUUAUAACGAAGGUUUUGAUCAUUUGCUGUUUCAUCUUUAGCUUGUUCAGUUUUACAGAUAUGUCUUUCUUUAAACAUGGCUACAGACAGGAACUUUAAAUGCAUACCAAAUAAAUCAAAACCUCUUUAUCUGAAUCUA